AUGGGUGGUUCCACUCUGUGCAGAUGGCCCCUCAGCUUGGUCUACAUGCAGGAUAUAACAACCGACAAGGAGGACUGGAGUCAAGAACAUCGUGAUAUGACAGCGCUGGUGGUUUGUGGUGACAUGCUUAUCGUUUUUAUUCCCUUCCCUUGGGAGCUCUACCGCCUCGACGUGUCGACCGAGCCCGCGACAGUGCUGCCCAUGGAGAAGCUGGAUGAUUGGGCGCUCUUUCUGGGGGCAGAACCAAACGGCAUGCCACUUUCGUGCAUGAGCCCGCCCGGAAAAAUGGGGAGGGAGGAGCAACACCUCGUACUGUGUCGGCUAUGGCUCUCAGCCUUGGACCGCUACUCCGACCCUUGGGCUAUACGCUGGUACGGCGAACAGGACCCCGUGGAGUUAGCUCUGCCACUCUGGCCGUACCCAAGCAUGUUCUACUAUGGUGCCGGAGAGUGA